GAAAAUGUUAAGAUAAUAUUAAGGGGAAAAUUCCGAGAAAAACACAAAGAAAGAGGGGACGACAUACAAUAAUUCAUCUACAAUUUUACUUCUUUAGUGUCUUACAUUCGACACUUGGUCUUUGAAAAUAUUUUGUAGGCAGCUGGAAACUUUUCUUUCUUUUUUUUUUUUUUGGGUUCACUGCUUAGUCUAAAACUGCUGGUAAAAUUAGAUUCCAAGUUCCAAGUUAGUAUGGAAAAACUUGUACCACUUAACUUUGGUAACUUGUAGUGUUGUACUAUUUGCAAAUCUGCAUUAAUCUGCUCUUCAAUGUCCCUUCCCCACCUCUCAAUUGCCAUUAACACAAUCUUCCCUUCAUAUGAGCGAUUUUGGGCAUUUAAAACUCCCCCUUAUCUUAUGUUUUUCCUUGCGCAAGCUCACUCAUAAGCACGAACAAGAAUUUUGCUUGUUGGGAGAAGAUUAAUCUUUGUAUCUUCUGGUUUCAAGCUGUUGAGCAUUGUAAUCUUGGGAGGAGGACAUAGGUAGUUUGUGGAUUUGUGCUUCAGAAAUUUAAGUGUUUGCAACUGCCUACAAAGAGAUGCAUCAAUGUAAGUCCCCUGAGUUGGAUGGUUUACCUUUUCUCUUUUAUAAAAAUUCAUGGUUUUCCAAUUUGCUAUGUUGUGCUCAACUUUUAAAUAAUGGAAUUAUGACUAGUGAUCUUAAUUCUGAAAAAGAUAGCCCACUAACAUGAAAGACCUUAGACCUAUUAGUUUGUGCAUUGUUUAAUAAAAAUCAGUUUCUAAGGUUCUUGCAAAUAGACUUGAAAUCUUAACAGAAAGAGUUGCAAUGAUCAGUCACCUAAUUUUUGAGGGUGCCUCAUGAUUUGUUCAUAUGAGGUUUAGUCAGACUCAGUUUUUUUAGUGUCAUUAUAGUAUUGAGCCCUAGUCUAUUCAAAUUCUUGCUGACAAAUCAUCCACGGGCAUAUAGUCUCAGUUCUAUUUAUUUCCGUGUCAGUUCAGUUAUGAUUUGGUUUCAAUAAGGCUGUUUAAUUUAAAGUGUUGAUUCUUCUAAUCAUCGGAUGAGUAAGUUUAGCUGAAUCUAUAUAAUCUUAAUCCUUUUCCGUCUGUAAACUUGUAUAUUUUUCAUAGCAUCAUGUUGAGCAUCUAUGCUUAUAUCGUUCUUGCUUCAUGAUUGUCAAUUCAUCUCUUGUAUACAUAAUGGAUUAUAAUCUGUGCACUAAUUGCUCUUUUGAUAGAGAUGGUGAAUAGGAAUUUAAGAUGUCUCAUUUAGAAAUUAUAAUGCAUAUUUGGAGUCCAAAUAAUCAUAAAUUAUCAAAACAUAAAAUUUACAUAUCUAUAAACAAGAACAUCAAAGGUUUCAAUAUGUGUAUUAUGUGUGUAUGAAAUUUAUAAGGGUAAUAUCUCAAUUUUUAUCACUAGGGAAAAGAAAGAGGCAAGACGUAAUAUGCUCAUAUGGCUUGCCAUCUAUAAAAUCUAUUAUGGUAUAUUUCAUAAAAUCAUACUAUUAGUUAAUAAUAUUGCUUUAUUUUGUUUAAUAAUUUGAUUUUCAAUAGCUUAUGAAACUAACUAUGGUGAUUUUAUGCAUAUUUAAUAAUCUAUGUGGGAUUGGAAGAGGAAGAGAGAGUGAAAGAUUUAAAAUUGUCUUGGUUCAAAUGUGAAGUAGGGAUAUAUUGAGUACAUAUGUGUGCCAAAAGGAUAGACGUCAUAAUUCUUUAACAAAAAUAAAUUGACUAGAAAGAAAAGGUGAACAAACAAGAAAAUGGAUAAUUAUCAUCAAAGAAGGAUAAGGAUUUGUCGCACCACUCAAGAUUAUAGUUUUUUUAUCGACAAGAAAACCAAGCUAUGGACUUUUGUAUAGAGGAGAGGUAAUGUAAUUAUUUUUAUUGACAAGAAAGUUUUUUUAAGAGCUAAAAUGAUAUGAUAUCAUCCAAAAAAUUAAAUUUGAUAACAAAUAAAAAUACGUAAUGUGCUCUUUAGAUUUGUGAGUGAAAUGUCGUCUUCCUCCUCCUAAUAAAGAAUAAUAUAUGUUUCAUAUUGUUAGUCCACAAUUGACUUGUUUUGAGAGGUCUUUGGUCAUAACAUGAAUCAAUAAAAAAACGAAAAACGUGCUUAUGUACAUUUCACACAGCAAAAACGCAAUAGCAGUCACAAUCGCGGUAACGAAAUAGUGAUGCAGUUAUUGUACCGCCAUAUUUCGUCUGAAAUCAUGCGAUAUCCUUUAAAUCGACCUAAUAUGCAGUUUUUUAACACCUUGGCAUCGUAGGUAAUAUCAAUUCGGUAAAUUUGAAAACCUUUACCACGUCAAUACGAUAUUACGCGACUUUUUUUUUCACUAUGAUACAGUUAAACUUUCUACAAAUACAACACAAUAUAAAAAAGCAAUUAAUUUCAAGACAUGAAAAGCCUUCUCCAAUCAGCAUGGAAAAAAAUCAAGUUUGGGAAACGGUCGCGGCGGAAAACAGCUAUACGGAGUAAUAACACGAAUUGCGGUCGAUACGGUGUGAUUUUUGGAAAAAAAAAAAUCACAUAAGGGGAACUUUGAACUUAUAAUUGCAUUUUUGUUGUUGAAACUACUAUUAUUAUGCAAUAAUAUGCCUAUAGCUAUUAUAAAUGCAAUGUUUGAGGUUCUUUUAAUGUAUAAUUAAUUAACUUAUCAGUUAAUAGUUACUUCUUUUGUUUAUGAACUAAAAUUAUGAGUAACUAGGAGUAUAAUUAAUACUCCCUCCAUUUCAAUAACUUUGUCCCAUUUCAUUUGGACACGUUUGCCAAGACAUAUAUUGAACUCUUAAUAUCUCUAACGGUGCAUAACUUAAAAUUAUAAAAAGUUGAUAUACAUAAUCUUUGCAUUGAGACGAAUCAAACAAGAUCCCACUUGACUAUGUUUAACUUAUAGAUUAAGAAUAAAAUACAAAAUAAGAGUGAACUGUGAAUAGUGUCAAAAAAUCGAAUAGGACAAAAUUACUGAAACGGAGGUAGUAAUUUAAGUGAUCGUAAUAAUUAAAUUUAAUGGGUAAUAACGAAAUUUUAACCAGGAGAUAAAUAACGUUGUAAGAGUGAAAUAUCGUUAUAGUGGUAAAACAACGGACGUUACACAUUACGUAAUGAUAAAUGCUGCGUUUUGACCGUGAAAUUAUAUGCACCGUUAUAUAAUGUGAUUUAGCGUCGCAGCAACUCUCAAACAGGUUACAUAAGGGACGUUAUGUAACAUAACGUGGGAGCUUUUAUUCCAUGCCAAUUAGUCAAACAUCCUUUUAUUAUAUUUAUUUUAAAUUAAAAUCAUUAUUGGGGUCCUUUCUAAAUUUUGUUGAUUUCUUUGCAUAAUUACGUUGAACAUUUGAUUGCAAAAUUGAUUACUUAACAUAACUACUUGACUCCUCAAUAAAUCCUGUUGAUUGCUGUACUUAAUUACAUAUGACCAUGUGAUUGCAAAGUUGAUUGUUUAACAUAAUUACUCGGCUCCUCAUAAUAUCCUAUUGAUUGCUUAGCAUAUUACUUAUGAACAUGUGGAUUUCACUUGGAAAUUUUGAUUGCUUAACAUAAUUACAUACUCCCUUCUAUCCCUACUAUUUGUCCAAUUUGAGAUUAAAUGCUUAUUUAUGCGCUAAUUCAAUCCUUAAUUUCUCUAAUUGUAUAAAAGUUAUAAAAGUUGAUAUUAAUAAAUGAGACAAAUCAACCAAAAUCCCACUUAACUAUGUUUUAAGUUAUAGAUUGAGAAUAAAUUACAUACUAUGAGUGAUUUAUGAAUAGUGUCAAAUCUCAAAUGGAACAAAUACUAGGGAUAGGAGAGAGUAUGAAGUUAAGACUAGACUACAAUUCUUAUGCUAUAUAACUAGAGGUGGCAUUACAACUUUUCAAGGCUUCAUACAAUGCUCUUUCAUAUGAACUACUAUCUGUAUUCUAAUCUCCACCUUUAAAGUAUUUUUUUUAACAGAAAUUCACCCGUCAUCACUAUAAGAAUAAUCAAUGUUGGAUGAAGAUUAAUAUUUGCUGGUGGUUCUAACCUUAAGGUGAGCUCUAUUCAAUCUUGUCCCCAUUUGCUCUUGCUUUUCGGUUAAUGAUUAGCACUUUAUAGUAAUUGGAUUCUCUGUUGGAUGAAAUAUCUUAGAGUCUGAAAUUUUUCACCCCUAUAAAAGGAAAAGUAAUGCUCUAAUCAACCUUGAAAAAUUAAGAAUUUCGAAUUAGUUUUGAGCUGUAUUGGUUUUAUCGCAUAUAAGUCAUCUACUCAUCAAUUGUUAAAGAAUGACCUCUAAUAUUUUUAUCUCAAAAUGUGGUUGGUUAAACUUGUGUUUUAGUUGUUGAGCAUUGGAAACAUUGAAGGAUCUGAUAGCUUCAAUAUUCACUUCUUGGAUACGAGCUUUGGAAAACGAAAGAUUUGCCGAUUAAUCUAAAAUAUUGUUGGUUUGUUUUGCUUUUCUCUAUUUAUUUUCUGUUGAAAAAUGACGAAGAAAGACGGAUCUAAUCAAUCCUUUUUUGAGGAAAUUCCCUCUUCCAUUAUUUCUGAUAUUCUGUCAAGGCUCCCAAUUAAGGCAUGCCUAAAAUGUAAGAUGGUCUGUAAAGAAUGGUAUCAUAUCACCAUGAGUCCUGAGUUUGCAGAGUUACGCCAUGCUCGUGAUUCCUAUUCCGCCUUAUUAUUCUAUGGUAAAUUUCAUAACUGGACCACAAAUUUCUUGUUACUUGACCUAGACAAGACCUCAAAUGUUGAUGAAUUGGGUAAUAUCAGUGUUGGUGUUGAUUCCAUGAUUGGGUUUAAGUCUGAAUUUAAUCUUCCCAAUCGCAAAUUACAUUUGGUUAAUCAAUGCAACGGGGUUGUCUGUUUAAAAGCUCCAGAAAUGUGGAGUCCAUUUAUUGUAAGCAACCCACUCACAGGCCAAUUUCUCAUCGUUAAGCAAAGUCAAAAACCUUAUCAUUCUCUUCAGGGUUACGGGCUAGGGUAUUGUCCUGUUUCGCGCAAAUUCAAAUUACUAAGAAUCCUGAUGACUAAGUGUAAGUAUGUGGCUGACAUACAGACACUUGGUACCAAUGAAUGGAGGAGUCUUGGUGAUGCACAAGUAAGCAAGGAAAAAAUUGGUGCUUUUCUGCACGGCUCACUUCACUGGUACUCUUCUAAAGACCAUUGCAUAUGGUCAUUCCAUUUUGGAAAUGAACAGUUUCUGCAUAUUCCCGCACCUGUCGAAAUCACUCGAUGCAGCUCGAUUGAUGUGACAGUUUUUGAUUCUUACCUUUGUUAUAGCUGCAUCUCGAAAGAUGGUUUUCAGAGGGACAUAUGGCUUAUGAAAGAGUAUGGAGUAAAAGAUUCAUGGGUGAAACAAUUUGUGUUGGAGAAGAGAGAAUUUGGAUUGUUAUAUGUCCCUCUGUUGCGAAUAGGUAGCGGGGAAAUAUUGGUAUCAUUUAGAGGCAGAUGUAAUCUUUUAGCUUAUGAUCUGAAAUCGGAAACUUAUAGAAAGGUUAAGGUACAUGGAAUUUCUUUUUUCGAUGUGGUGACAUUUGAUAUGAAUCUGUCUCAGUUGUAAUGAUGUUAUUACUCAUGUAUGAGCUUAAGAAUUGUUAGUGAAUCCUUAAUGUACUUGAUUCUUCAGAGAAGUGCUUGUAAAAUUGAUCUGUUCAUCUUGAACUGUUUUAUGAAUAUCUUUACCUAAAACAUUACUGUCAAAA